CAAAAUAUCACAGCCCACACAAGGAAGUCAGUACUGUAGCUGACUGUACUGCUGCAUGUUAAGUUUUUUAAAUUCGGUUUUAAAUUAAAUUCUGAAAGGAAACGGUGAGGCUCGUGUGAGGAUCCAUCAUGUCUCCGCUCAGAAUUGCAAGCAUGUUGCUGCUGCUGGUGCUGCUGGUUGGACAAUCAUUCGGGGCGCCUCGGUCAUUCAGCGUUGACUACAAGAAUGACUGCUUCCUUAAAGAUGGGGAAAGGUUUCGGUAUAUAUCUGGAAGCAUCCAUUACAGCAGGAUCCCCAGAGUCUACUGGAAAGAUCGACUGCUCAAGAUGUACAUGGCGGGACUGAAUGCCAUCCAGAUGUACAUUCCCUGGAACUACCAUGAAGAGUCUCCAGGCCGCUACAGUUUUAGUGGCGACAGAGAUGUGGGGUAUUUCCUGAAGCUGGCCCAGGACAUCGGUUUACUGGUCAUCCUUCGGCCAGGACCCUACAUAUGUGCAGAGUGGGACAUGGGUGGUCUGCCUGCCUGGCUUCUCGAAAAGAAAAACAUUGUGCUGCGAUCUUCAGAUCCAGAUUACAUCGCAGCUGUGGACAAAUGGAUGGGGAAGUUACUUCCUAUGAUGAAGCCUUACCUCUAUCAAAACGGUGGUCCCAUCAUCACCGUACAGGUGGAGAAUGAAUACGGCAGUUACUUCGCCUGUGACUACAACUACAUGCGUUACCUGUCCAAGCUGUUCCGAUCCCACCUGGGUGAUGAGGUGGUGCUGUUCACUACAGAUGGGGCUGGAGUCGGAUACCUUAAGUGUGGCUCAAUACAAGGCCUCUAUGCUACUGUUGACUUUGGGCCAGGUGCAAAUAUAACUGCUGCCUUCGGCGCGCAGCGACACGCUGAACCUCACGGACCUCUGGUGAACUCUGAAUUCUACACUGGCUGGCUGGACCACUGGGGAUCAGCUCACUCCGUCGUGUCUCCUGCUGCAGUGGCCAAGACCCUCAGUGAGAUGCUGGCUGUGGGAGCAAACGUCAACCUGUACAUGUUCAUAGGAGGGACAAACUUUGGUUACUGGAAUGGUGCCAAUGAGCCAUACGACGCGCAGCCCACAAGCUACGACUACGAUUCCCCGCUCACAGAAGCAGGAGAUCUCACGGAGAAAUAUUUUGCCAUUCGAGACGUGAUCAAAAUGUACCAUAGGAUCCCAGAGGGACCAAUACCACCAACAACUCCAAAGUAUGCAUAUGGUGCUGUUCCAAUGAAGAAGCUCCAGACGGUAUCAGAUGCCUUAGAAAAGCUGUCUUUCUCUGGCCCUGUCAAAAGCAUGUAUCCUCAGACUUUCAUUGACUUAAGUCAGGCGUUUGGUUAUGUGCUCUACAGGACAACUCUGCCUGUUGACUGCACCAAACCAACUCCACUGUCAUCUCCACUGAACGGGAUCCACGAUAGAGCAUAUGUGUCGGUGGACGGGGUGGCUGUGGGGAUUCUGGAAAGAAACAAAGCCUUAACUAUCAACGUGACCGGGAAGGCUGGCAGUCAGGUUGACAUAUUGGUGGAGAAUAUGGGCCGAAUCAACUACGGAAGAGGCAUCAACGACGCAAAGGGUUUGGUGUCCAAUCUGACGCUUGGGAAAGACCUACUCACCAGCUGGUUCAUGUACAGUCUCAGUAUUGAUGAAGCAAUCAAUCAGGGCCUCCUCGGGGAAAAAGAGCUCACACCAAAGCAUCCAGCUCAGGGUGCUGACCUCUCCCUUCCAACUUUCUACGGAGGGAGUUUCAUCAUUCCUGACGGCAUCCCAUCUCUCCCUCAAGACACCUACAUAAAGCUGCCCAACUGGAGGAAGGGACAGAUCUGGAUCAACGGCUUCAACUUAGGGCGUUAUUGGCCGACUAGAGGUCCUCAGGUGACACUUUAUGUCCCUUUCAACAUUCUCAGCACAGCUGCACCCAACAAUGUGACCGUUCUGGAGCUGGAAGGAGCUCCCUGCAGCUCCAAGCCGUGCACCGUGGAGUUUACUUCCACCCCCAUCCUGAAUGCAACAGUACACUCUCACUACAGACUGCACUGGGGACAGUUUACUAAAGACGAUAUACUGUGAUGACAAGGGAACUCUCUGCUGCACAAAUUUGCACUAGACUCACUGAUAUACGAGUCCCAGAUCAAGACAUGCAUGAAAAUCAUCAUGUUUGAUUUUUUAAAAAGCUGUGUUAUGUGACAAGAGAUUAAUUUUGGGACAAGAUAUUAAUGAUCGAAUGUGUCUUUUUAGCCUAAUCUUAUUUUUUCCCAGCACAUUAUCUGUGGGUAUCUCUACCUCACUGAUUCAAUAGGACAUUUAUUUAAAGCCUCUUUUAUUUGUCCUCUCAAAGGGAUUACUGCCGAUUAAAGCAUUGCCUUUUCAUGCCAAUGUGCAUUUUAGAGCUGUUUUAUUUUUUAUGUGAAACCCGCAUCAGGGAAUUGUUUAUUAAGAAGCAUGUCAAAUAAUUGUGGGACUGCUGAUUUGUAGCUUUUAUUCAUUUUAUAAAGAUUGACAUACACUCUGAAUCUGAUUCAACACUCACAGUGUAUACCUUUUGAAGCAAAAAACAAAAAUAUAUUAAAAAUAUUUCAGUGA